AUGGGCGUCCAACUCAAGGGAAAUGGCCCCGGAGAGCCACCAAUGAACCCAUUCGUGGCUGUUCCUCUGUUUUCCGUUGGAGGCUUCAUCGCCCUGCUAUUCUUUUGGAGAACAGCAAUUCGAAUUCGACACCGUCGCAGAUCAAAAACAGCCAGACAAACCGAUGACCAGAGCCAGCUCGCUCAAAUCGGUGCUACCAAUGCGAGUCUCAAGAAGCAUAUAUUUUAUGCACCUCUCUGGGGCUCCCGCCACAGUCGCGAAUUUCGGCUUUUAAGGCUCCAUAUGGGAUCGGUACCACUGCGGUUGGAAGUCAUCCUCUUGGUACUCUAUCUUUUACUUAACUUCAUCUUUGUGGUUGUCACGGUAGAUUGGUGGGAGAACUUUCCCAAGAAGAUGUUCCAGCUUAAGUACGCUGCUGGACACUUGGCUGUGAUGAACAUGCCUGGUUUGGUUCUGAGUGCUGGCAGGAAUAACCCCUUGAUCCCGCUACUCGGCCUCUCUUUCGAUACCUUCAACUUUAUGCAUCGGUGGGUUGGGCGUACUAUUGCUGCAAAUGCAAUCAUUCACAUGGCUGCUGUAUUGGCAAGUCUGGCACGCGAGAAUGGUAUUAACUACAUACUUGACACAAUAUGGCAUAUGCCCUUCUACAUUUAUGGCCUCGUGGCUUUGCUUGGAUUCCUUUUCAUUUUCGUGCAAUCAUUGUCGCCGGCUCGACACUCCCUCUAUGAGCUUUUUCUACAUCUCCAUAUUGCCCUUGCCGUUAUGUCGCUUGUCGCUCUUUGGUAUCACUUGAAAAACCUACUGCAACAGCGGCGUGCUAGCAGACUUGGGAUUCUGAUAUGGAGAAACUGCGGCAAACGCCGUACGACGGCAACUGUGGAAGCACUCCCAGGCUCGGUCGCGCGUGUGGAUGUCGAUGUCUCCCGAGCAUGGAAUUUCCGUCCUGGUCAAUACAUGUAUCUCUACAUGCCCGGUCUGGGUCUCUGGACUUCUCAUCCAUUCACGGUUGCCUGGUCAUCUACAGAUACAGACACUUUGAACAUAACUGAGAAGCGAAGCUCAAGCGACUCCAUUGCGGCCCUCUUGGGAGGUUCAGAGACCACCACCAUGUCUGUCCUCAUCAAAGGACAGGAUGGGUUCACCAAGAAACUUUUGGAGAAAGUAGAAGAUUCACCAGAAGGGAUGAUUAAGGUGACAGCAUUGGCAGAGGGACCAUUUGGUGGCAUUCAUUCACUGGCCUCAUAUGGUACCUUGCUGCUUGUUGCUGGAGGAAUUGGCAUCACUCAUCCUAUGUCAUAUUUGCAUGAGGUUGUAACCAACUUUGCCUCUCGCAAGACGGCAACUCGCAAGGUGCAUCUUGUCUGGAUGAUUCGGAGUUUAGAUCAUUUGGCCUGGAUUCACAACUGGAUGACUGAUAUUUUCAGCCACGACUCCCUCAGCAGCAGCAUAAUUGACCCUAAAGGAGAGACAUAUUUCCAGUUCCCCGGGCUCAUGCUUUCAAUAAGUGUCUACGUCACGGAGCACAAGGAGACAUUUGAGGAGUACAUUCCUGUGCCAGAGACACCAUGGACGCAAUGCGCACCCUCAAAUGUUCCCAUCAACGUGCACUACGGCAGGCCGUCUUUCCAGCCGUUAUUGGAAAAUGAAAAGGCCGAGCAAGUUGGUGCAUUGGCUGUUAGUGUGUGCGGCCCUGGUGGCCUGGGAGAUAGUGUUCGCGAAGCUGUUCGCAAUGUGCAAGGCGAGAAGACUGUAGAUCUUUUUGAAGAGGCGUUCUCGUGGUGA